AUGGAUAAUCCUUCAGUCGCUGUGCAAAAGAAAAAACCCGUAGGAUUAGAACGGUUAAAGUUGAUGAUUAAGGCGAACCCUUUAAUUAUAGUAGGCUUUGUUUUCACUGGAGGUGUGCUUGGUCGAUCAUUCUUCGCCGAAGGUGCAAAACUCAAGCGCUUACUAGUGCUACGUACGGUUGGUCAAGCAUUCACAGUCACUAUGAUUCUGAUCUCCGUGUAUAAAAUUGAACCUGAUUAUUUCAAGAUGACCUUUUCCAGAUCAGAAAGAUGA